GCUUGGUAGCUAUCAAGUUAGGCUGAGAGGCAGCACUAAAGGUUGACUGGCUGGGGUGUUUUUUUUCGAUCUCACUGUCGAUUCAAUUUACCUUCAUCAAAGAGCUGCGGUGUUCAGGAAAACCUUCGAGAAAAUACAGGGAAAAUGCAUAGUGUUCAGGAAAAGUCUGGUCACGAUCUGGGAGCACUGAAAAGGAGAGCAAUGGGCAAGAAAAGUAGAGUCAAAACACAGAAAUCGGGAGGUGGAGCUACAGCGACUGUUUCUACAAAGGAAAUAAUGAAUCUGAUAACAGAGCUGCUGCAAAAAUGUAGCAAUCCUUCCACGGCACCAGGAAAGGAGUGGGAAGAAUAUGUGCAGAUCCGAGGCUUGGUUGAGAAAAUCCGUAGAAAACAAAAAGGAUUAUCGGUUGUCUUUGAUGGGAACAGAGAACACCACUUUGAUGAACUACUGCAGUGGGCAGCUGACUGUGGAGCCUCAACUGAGGGUUUUGAAAUCACUUAUUUUCCAGAAGAGGGCUAUGGUUUAAAGGCAACUAAAGACAUUAAGGCAGAAGAACUUUUUCUGUGGAUCCCCAGAAAAAUGCUGAUGACUGUUGAAUCUGCUAAAAAUUCUGUACUGGGUCCCGUUUAUACCCAGGACCGGAUACUGCAAGCUAUGGGAAAUAUUACCCUCGCGUUUCACCUGCUUUGUGAACGUUUGAAUCCCAAUUCCUUCUGGUUGCCCUACAUUAAGACAUUACCUAUGGAGUAUCAUACCCCUUUGUAUUUCGAAGAGGAAGAAGUACAUUACCUCCAGUCAACACAAGCCAUCCACGAUGUUUUCAGUCAGUAUAAAAACACCGCUCGACAGUACGCUUACUUCUAUAAACUUAUCCAGACCCAUCCAAAUGCUAGCAAACUGCCCUUGAAGGAAUCCUUCACCUUUGACGACUACAGAUGGGCUGUCUCUUCCGUCAUGACUCGCCAGAACCAAAUUCCAACCGAAGAUGGUUCCCGGGUCACUUUGGCUCUUAUACCUCUGUGGGAUAUGUGUAAUCACACCAAUGGCUUGAUCACAACUGGGUACAACCUAGAGGAUGAUCGGUGUGAAUGUGUUGCUUUACAGGAUUAUAAAGCUGAAGAUCAGAUCUAUAUUUUCUAUGGGACUCGCUCCAAUGCUGAGUUUGUGAUACACAAUGGAUUUUUCUUCAAUAAUAACUCGCAUGACAGAGUGAAGAUAAAGCUGGGAGUGAGUAAAAGUGACCGCCUCUAUGCUAUGAAAGCAGAAGUUUUAGCUCGUGCUGGCAUACCAACGUCCAGUGUAUUUGCUCUGCACUGCAGUGAACCUCCCAUCUCAGCCCAGCUGUUAGCUUUCCUACGCGUCUUCUGCAUGACUGAAGAUGAAUUGAAAGAACAUCUUGUGGGAGAGCAUGCAAUCGAUAAGAUCUUUACCUUAGGAAACUCUGAUUUCCCUGUAAGCUGGGAUAAUGAAAUCAAACUGUGGACCUUUCUUGAAACCAGAGCUGCACUCCUCUUAAAAACAUAUAAAACUACUACUGAGGAUGAUAAGUCACUGCUUGAAAAGCCAGAACUGUCCUACCACACCAAGAUGGCCAUCCAGCUCCGCACAGCAGAGAAGGAGAUCUUGGAAAAAGCAGUGCAAAGUGCUGCCACAAAAAGAGAGCACUUUACAGAACUCCAGGACAAAGGGGCACCUCUUCCCAAAUAUGAGGAAAGUAACAUCGCCAUGCUAGAGAACACUGUAACAGACUCCAAAAUUCCGAUGGUGCUGAGAAAUUUAAACAGUGAUGAUGAAGGAGAGCAGGAUUUGAAUUUAACGGAAGCCCUGGGUGAGGCAAUUGUAGGAGGGGGAGGCAUAAUGAAUGGAGAGAGCACUUUUCCCAAUGAUACCGAUCCCAAAGGUCAUGAGAACCCUAAACAAGAAAACGAUGCCAAAGAGACUGGAGAUGCCAAAAAGACUAUAUCAGAAAAGAUUGAGCACACUAAAACAGUAGAAAUUGAAGAACAAUCAUGAAAUAUAAUGACAAAAGAGGCUUGUACUUAUGUGAAGUGGAAAUGGGAACUCUGAACGUUACUGUAGCUGAAAGUGCAACACAUUUGAUCAUGUCCUUUUAAAGUGAGACGAGGUGUAGCUGAAGUGGUCUUGUCAUAAGAAGUUACUUUCCAGUAAAAUUUCAGUUUAUUUAAAAGAAGUGGUCUUAAAAUAGCUUCUGGCAGAUGUUUGCCUAGUCUCAUUGUUGGGUUUGGAUAGAGGGUGGACUGUCAACCAGUUCAAAAGCAUUUUCAGUACCAAAAGUCAGUGAAUUAAGACUUGUUUUAUUUAGCUCAAAAAACAAGCUUUGGGUCAAAUGAAAAGCAAUCUACAGUGAAUAGCUGGUGUUAAGUUUUUAUUUAAUAACAUGUACAUGUUGUUUGGUACGCAAGUUUCUUUUUAAAACACAAAUCUCAUUUUCUUUCUACAUUUGAAGAAGUUCCACAGGAGUGCAGACUUUUAUGCACUCAAACCCAUCCACAGUGACCACAAACCAGUUGCCCCUUGUUGACUAUUAUAAUCAGGUGGUUACUAUUUCUAGUUUUUGUUUAUUGGUGCAAAGUGGUGGGUGAGUAACCAACUGGUAUGUCAUAGACUGAAUGCCAUGGUUCCAUAUGUCUGCUCCAGACACGUUGUAAGCAUUAAACGUAACCACAAGAUGGGGUUGACGUAGAAUGACUUCCAGUGAAGCUCAACUUUCUGACUGGGCAAAUGAAGUGCCAAGCCUUUUACAACCACAGCAUAGAAACUUAUAAACCCUUAAAAGCUCCAGUGUCUUUGAUGAUGUUGAUUGGUUCAUACAUUUGGCACCAGUGUCAUCUGAAAACAGUUAAGGAAAUCUAGACUAAUAUUUUCUGUUCUAGUCUGUGAUAGUUUAAACUGGUGUGGUCCUUCAUUCCCGUGCGAAUGUUAGUGCUAUUUGUUUGAACCCCUCAACCAAAGGCACAUCCCAUCUACAAAAGACGAUGGACAGAUGGUUACCAGAAUCUGGGCAUUAUUCCAGUUAGAAUAAUGGGGAUUCUGUGAGACUGAGGUUUAAUGGCCUUCAUAAGUUGGUGAACCGACAUUACCAUAGUGCAAAGGCUGAUAUCUCUUUCUUUCCAUGCUUCUUCAACCAAAUCAUUGGUAAUGCAUUCUCUGUCCUAACCAAAGCCAUCCAUUUGCUUACUUUUAGACUAAAUUUGUUGCUUUGCUUGUAUAUUGGAUCAACGUAUCCUAUUUUGCAAAACUCAUUCUUGGAUAAGGAGCAAACAGAGCAAGAUUUGCAUAGAAUGUAGGUAUAAUUUAACACUGAUUCUCAAAAUAGAUGUUAAGACUUGCACCCUUAAGCCUUUGAUAAUUUGCUGGUCCCGCCCUUUCCUCUACCCAACUCCUGGUCACUGAAAAUUGCCAUCAUAUGGUGCUGGGCACAGUCUAAUUUGGACUUUGUGAAACUGCAGCUCUGAACCUGAAGUUCAGGCUCAGUUAAUGUUAUGACUGAACCAUCUUUGAGUGUUGUGAGCUGAGUAAUUCUGAGAUUACUGCCUUAACAGGCAAGGAAUGUCAUCUGAGCAAAAUCCACUCUUAAUAUUUGUAAGUUGCUCAAUUCAAAUUGUCAGAUAAUUCAACAUUUUUCUUAGUACCCAAAUGUUGAUAUUGAUUUUAUUUCCUUAAAAUUAUUGAUUGACUCAAUUUCUUUUUCAAGUGUACAAAUAGACUGUAACCUGAAUGGAGUGAAUUUGGAAAUAUGUAAAAACAGAAUACUUAACCCUUUAAGAGUAGAGUGAAAAUUCAUAGCUCAAAUCAACCCAUAUAAAUGGGCAAUGGCAGAACUGAUGGUUUGACACAGUUAACUUUACAUCUUUUUAAGACACAAUUGUAUUAGUUGUCUUUGAAUUACAAGGUUAUUAUUUCUAUCAUGGUGACCAGCAUGGUGAGAAGGACUUAUGCUGGCCUCUCUGUAUUCUGAGAAUUAGGAGAACUGCAUUUGAGAAGAUAGCGUAACCACUGGAAUGAAAAGGGCUAAUUGCUGUGUCCAUAUUCUAGUGUGUUUAUAAGUUGCACAACUUAUUCUAUUUGAAAGAGCACAUGUGAGUUUGUAAAUUUAGCAGCUUCUGUCCUAUUUGCUUUAAUAAUUUACCUGAUUGUAUUGCUCAUUUAACCCUUUGAAAACUGAAAAGCAGAUUUUAUUUUGAAGAAUAGUCUUUUUUUAAGUUUCUGAUUUGGAGGAGUAUUCUUUAGCAUUCCUCCUAUAUCCCUGAAAUAUUGUUCACUAAUAAGAUUGUUUUUAUUUUGACCUCCAAAUUUUGGGCAGUAUGUGUACCAACCUAUAUGUUUUAUAUGGUUCUUUAAAGAAAAUGUAACUAGCUACACUUAAUGUAGGUUUUAGACCAGAAGCUUCUACAACCUUCAAAAUAUUAAAAGAGAUCAAUGAAUGUGAAACAUUAAAGAAAAGGCCAAUGCCCUAGAAAGUUCAGGCUACAUUUCUUCUUGAAUGUGAUUACUUUGAAUGAUGAAAUUAAAGUAGUUCACCUUCUAAA